UGCUAAACAACUGCUCACAUGAAAUUAAACACGGCUAAAGUUAGAUUAGCAAUCACUGCAGCUGCUUCAUUAAUGCUUAACGUUAAUUAGUGAACCGCGACUGCUAAUGUCCUCAAAAAUAGGCUACAUGAACGUUCUCACGUGACACAUGAUGAUUACAUCAUCUUUGGCUUGUGUUACAACAACGAAGUACUAUGGACAUAAAGUGAUGGAUUGGCCGUUUGACAGGAUUUCCCUGCAGAAGUAUUUACUCCAUCAGUGUUCGAUCUGUCGAUUAUAAUAUUGUUCAGUCGACAUAUGUUGCACCGGUGCCGUCCACAAUCCUGCAUUCAUAUUUCCAGCGGCCUUUUGCAUCCCACAUCGCUUCAGGAUUCUCAGAUCUUAACAAGAUCUAAAACUCUGUUUUCUGGCCAGUAUUUGUGGUUUUAUGUGUUGUCCUGAGCCGUGGUUCAUCAUGGAGCCCAACAUGGAGUAUAUAGUGGCACAGGUCACGCAGAAGGAGGUUGGACGUCGCUUCCAAGUGGGGCCGGAAAUCAUAGACUACAUCCUGGACAGACAGAAGUCACAUGACCUGGAACACGAUCAGAGCAUGCUGGACAGGAUGGUGGACAGUCUGGCAACCACAUGGGUCAAUGCAAGCAAUUUCAAGGUGGCGCUGCUGGGAAUGGACAUAGUAUCUGCUUUAGUGACCAGACUACAGGAACGCUUCAAAACACAAAUAGGAACAGUUCUGCCCAGUUUAAUCGAUCGUUUAGGUGAUUCUAAGGACCAGGUUCGAGAUCAAGCGCAGUCACUUCUGUUAAAAAUCAUGGACCAAGCGGCCAAUCCGCAGUAUGUUUGGGACCGAAUGCUGGCCGGAUUCAGACAUAAAAACAACCGGACCAGAGAAGCUGUUUGCUUUUGCCUUAUUUCCACUCUUAAUGUAUACGGAGCUCACGGUUUAACCCUCAGCAAGAUUGUUCCUCAUAUCUGUCAUCUGUUAGGAGACCCGGCGAGUCAGGUUCGUGACGGUGCGAUGAACUGUCUGGUGGAGAUUUACAGACACGUCGGGGAGAGAGUGAGGAUGGAUCUGGGGAAGAAGGGGCUGCCGCAGUCACGGUUGAAUGUGAUUUUCAGCAGGUUUGAUGAAGUCCAGAGGUCUGGGAACAUGAUCCUGUCCUCAGAUAAGAACAUCGAUGAUGAGGAUUCGGUGGAUGGAGGUCGUUCCUCGUCAUCUUCUAAAGCAGCGUCAUCGGUGCGGCGGACGGGAUCCAUGCGCAGACCGAGCUCCGCGUCCAGCACCAAGAGCUCAGGUAAGGAGAGCUCUGGUGCCGGUGCUGUUGAUGAAGAAGACUUCAUCCGUGCCUUUGAAGAUGUGCCCACCGUACAGAUUUACUCGGCUCGAGAGCUCGAGGACUCCAUGAACAAGAUCCGAGAAAUUCUGUCCAAUGACAAACACGAUUGGGAACAGCGAGUAGUUGCACUGAAGAAGGUUCGUUCUCUGCUGUUGGCCGGUGCGAGCGACUACGAUGGUUUUUCGCAGCAGUUACGGCAGCUGGAGGGGCCUUUUAAACUCUCAGCUAAAGAUCUGCGCUCGCAGGUGGUGCGCGAGGCCUGUAUCACACUCGGACACCUGUCGUCUGUGUUGGGUAAUAAAUUUGAUCACGGAGCUGAGAACAUCAUGCCAACAUUACUGAACCUCGUCCCCAACAGCGCUAAAGUUAUGGCCACAUCUGGAAUGGCGGCGAUUCGUCUCAUUAUACGGCACACUCACUAUCCACGUCUGAUUCCCAUCAUGACCAGCAACUGCACGUCUAAAUCAGUGGCCGUCAGACGACGCUGUUAUGAGUUUUUAGAUCUUCUUCUUCAGGAGUGGCAGACGCAUUCUCUGGAGAGGCACAUCGCUGUCCUGAUGGAAACCAUUAAGAAAGGAGUUCAUGAUGCAGACUCUGAGGCCAGAUCAGUCGCUAGGAAAUGUUACUGGGGUUUCCACGCCCACUUCAGUAAGGAGGCGGAGCAUCUGUUUCAGGCGCUGGAACUGUCCUAUCAGAAAGCACUGCAGUCUCACCUGAAGAGCUCCGACAGCAUCAUGUCUCUGCCGCAGUCCGACCGCUCGUCCUCCAGCUCGCAGGAGAGCCUCAAUCGGCCGCUGUCUGCUAAAACACCUGUCGGGAGCAGCUUGAGCAAAACUAAAGUCGUGAGUUCUCGCACAUCCUCUUCGUCCGGCUCUCUCCAGCGAUCUCGCAGCGAUGUGGACGUUAACGCCGCAGCUAGUGCCAAAUCUCGAAUGCCUGCUGUCGCCGCUACCGCCCCCUUCAGCUCAGCUGCGGCACUGCCGCCCGGUUCCUACGCCUCUCUGGAUGCGGCUGGUAAUGUGGAGGGUCGUGUGCGAACAAGACGACAGAGUUCAGAGACUGCAGCUGGGGGCGGAGCUUCUGUGACUGACAGUAGGGGGCGGAGCCGAGCCAAAGCUGUGUCCCAAUCACAACGAUCCAGAUCGGCUAAUCCGGUGGGGGGUAAAACUCACGCGGGCAGCCGCUCUAGUUCACCUGGGAAGCUCUUGGCUCGCUCUUCCAUGAGAAUCCCUCGAUCCGUCGGAUCCACUGGAGCGCAGUCGGACAAACGCAGUAAGAUCCCGCGCAGUCAAGGCUGCAGCCGAGAGACGAGCCCCAGCCGCGUGCGAGACGUGCGGGGCAGUCGUAUCCCGCGGCCCAGCAUGAGUCAGGGCUGUAGUCGUGACACGAGUCGAGAGAGCAGCAGAGACACCAGUCCGGCUCGAGGGUUCAGUCCGCUGGCGUCCCACAGACACUCUCGCUCCACCAGCGCGCUGACGGCCGGCGAUGUCCUGCAGACAGAUCGGUUCGGUCUCAUCCAUCAGGCCAUGCGGAUCUUGAACACAGGCACAGAGGUGGAGGCGGCCGUGGCAGACGCUCUGCUUUUAGGAGACUCCAGGACUAAGCGGAGGCCGAUGCGGCGGCGGUACGAAUCUCCCAGCAUGUACUCGGAUGACGACGCUAACAGCGACGCGUCCAGCGCCUGCUCCGAGCUCUCCUUCAGCUCGCGUAACGGCGCCGCCCCGCAUUACCUGCGUCAGACGGAGGACGUGGCCGAGAUCCUGAACCACUGCGCCAGCUCCAACUGGUCCGAGAGGAAAGAGGGGCUGCUGGGACUCCAGAACCUCCUGAAGAGCCAAAGAGUGCUCAGUCGUGUGGAGCUGAAGAGACUGUGUGAGAUCUUCACCAGGAUGUUUGCAGAUCCUCACAGCAAGGUGUUCAGCAUGUUCCUGGAGACGCUGGUGGACUUCAUCACGGUGCACCGAGAGGAUCUUCAGGACUGGCUCUUCAUUCUCCUCACGCAGCUGCUGAAGAAAAUGGGGGCCGAUCUUCUGGGCUCCGUUCAGGCCAAAGUUCAGCGGGCCCUCGACGUCACCAGGGACUCUUUUCCGUACGAUCAGCAGUUCAACAUCCUGAUGCGGUUUAUCGUGGAUCAGACUCAGACCCCAAACCUCAAGGUGAAGGUGGCCAUCCUGAAGUACAUCGAGUCUUUGGCUAGACAGAUGGAUCCGUCAGACUUCGUGAACUCCAGCGAGACGCGGUUAGCCGUCUCUCGAAUCAUCACGUGGACCACAGAGCCGAAGAGCUUGGAUGUCAGGAAGACGCUUCAUAUCUGGCUGAACGAGGAGGCGCCGGGCAGGAGCUCCACUGUGGCCUCCCUGCCGGGGGAAAGUAACCUGGAGGAGAGAUGUAAGCAGGCUGCUCAGAUGGUCCUGAUCGCCCUGUUUGAGCUGAACACCCCAGAGUUCAGCAUGCUGUUAGGUGCUCUGCCCAAAACCUUCCAGGACGGAGCCACUAAACUCCUGCACAGCCAUCUGAAGAACAACAGUAACGCGACUGCAGUGUCUCAGGCGUCUCCCAGCGGCAGCAGCAGUGUGGGACGCACCCCUCCACGACCCCCGGUGACCCGCAGCAGCCCGCUGACCUCACCCACCAACGGCUCGCACGGGGGACUCUCACCCAGUCGUUUGUGGGGCCGGAGCUCAAAGUCUUCCUCUAUCCUCCCUCCUCCCCACCCCGGCCCUGCCACCCCCCCUCUCCGGGCCUAUCGGAGGGCGUAUUCGCCCAGUAUGCUGGAGUACGACACCGAGAACAUGAACUCAGAGGAGAUCUUCAGCUCGUUGAGAGGUGUAACCGAAGCCAUCCAGAGCUUCAGUUUCCGCAGUCAGGAAGACAUACUCGAGCCCAUCAAACACGACGGCAAGAGAGAAGAUACGACCGGUCUGGCGUCGUCCGGUGUGGAUCCUCGUCUGUCCGCUGGUGUGAUGGAAGGAGGCCGGACCGCGCUGGACAACAAGACGUCAUUAUUAAACACACCGUCCCCUCGAUCGUUCAGCGGCCCGUGGGCUCGCGAAUACAACCCAUACAACUACAGCGACUCCAUCAGCGCCUACGAGAAAGGAGCGCUCGCCACGUUUGACGACGUGGAGCACAUCCGAGAUGGUCGUCCACAGGACUGUGGAGAAAACAAAAUCCUGCAUCCGAAAGGUUUGUCUGCAGGACCCGGGCAGCACCUGGAGACGGUUGGUGACCUGCUGAAGGAGCUGUCCAAUCACAGCGAGCGUGUGGAGGAGAGGCGGGCCGCUCUGCUGGAGCUGUUAAAGGUCACGCGUGACGACAGUCUGGCCGUGUGGGAAGAGCAUUUCAAAACCAUGCUGCUGCUGCUGCUGGAGACGCUGGGAGACAAAGACCACACCAUCCGAGCGCUGGCUCUGCGCGUCCUGAAGGAGAUCAUGCGCAGUCAACCGGCGCGCUUCAAGAACUACGCAGAACUCACCAUCAUGAAAACCCUGGAGGCCCAUAAAGACUGUCACAAAGAGUGCAGGAAGCAGGCGUGUCUUCUGUGCUGUUUGUCUGAGGCUCGUGUCUCCGCAGGUGGUGCGGCGGCAGAAGAAACGGCGUCCACGCUGGCCGGAUCCAUCCACUCGGAGCAGUGCAUCAAAGUGCUGUGUCCCAUCAUCCAGACGGCCGACUAUCCCAUCAACCUCGCCGCCAUUAAAAUGCAGACCAAAGUAAUCGAACGCAUUCCCCAGGAUUCCCUGAUUCCACUCCUGCCCGACAUCAUCCCGGGACUCUUACAGGGUUAUGAUAACACCGAGAGCAGCGUACGCAAGGCCAGUGUGUUUUGUUUGGUGGCCAUUUAUUCUGUCAUCGGUGAAGAUCUGAAGCCUCACCUACAGCAGCUGACCGGCAGCAAGAUGAAGCUGCUGAAUCUGUACAUCAAGCGAGCUCAAACCACCACCAGCAACAGCAGCAGUUCUUCAGACGUCUCGUCUCACAGCUGAAUCACUCCUCCAUGCCUCCUCAAGCGCUCUCCCAUGAUUUUGCACAUUUGCGAGUAGAUCUCUAGCUGCACAUGUGCAUUCGCUUUAUUAAAGGGCACGUGAUUCAUUGAACAGGUGCAAACACUUACACCAUUCAACCAGAGCCCGCUGAGCUUUGUGUUCGGCUGCGUUUGUCCAACAUACUGUGUGUGUGUGUGUGUGCGCAGCAGUCGUGCCUCUGUGUGUAAGAGAAACUGUUUUUAUUGCUCAUUUACCGUUGCUGUGGCGUUUAUCGUCCUCAUAUUCAAAGCACACAUAAUGUUCUGUCCGAUCGGCCAAUCAGGAGUCGUCUUACCUCUCAUUAGUGAAUGUAACGCCCUUUUUUACGUCUUUAACUCUGCUGCCUCAAGUUCUCUAGGACGCUCUUUUAGUGACGACAUUCAUUUUUGGGCAUUUAAGAAUAUGCAAGAACCGAGAUUGUAUUUGUACAGCAUUUGUUUUAUUUUCGGCCAACAGGCGAAGAGCUUUUGACUCUAAGAACGAUGAAUAUUAGCACUAAUUUAGUUCAAAAUCUCACAUUCCAGCGCCGCACAGAAGAACCAUGAUUAUUUUAACACUAACAUGGAGAUUUAUGAUAAAUGCGUCUCCUUUUGUGAUUUAAGGACCACAUUGAUGGUUUUUUGUGUCCAAAAUAUACAAAUUGAUAAUUUGAGAAAUAAAUAAUUCAGUGAGAAAGUAUAAGAAUCUUCCUCAGAAAUGAUCUAAAACAAAACUGAAUCAAUUCAUUAAAGAUUCACUUACACACACGCACUAAAUUUAUGAUAUAAAACAACGUAAAAGCAGAAUUCUAAACUUUUUAGAGCGAUAAUUGUAACUAAAAAUAAUCCAAAUUGGAUGUUUACGAGUUAAAUUGCUGUUUUAACCCAGUUGUUGUGGUUUAGGAAGGUUUGUGCCGUUUAAAGUGCUCUGUUAGUCUUUUUGUACCUUUGGUGCUUAAAUGAAUCACUCUGUGCUUUUGCUGGACGUUUAACUUCAGAUUUCAUGUGUUUUUCCUUUCUUCGCUUUGAUUUUAAAGGCCUUACAGCGGUUUGUGAAAAGAAAGUCACAUUAUUCAGUCUUGUUAGAAAUCCCAAAGAACAUUCCACACAAAAAAAGGUGUUUUUGUGGAGAGAAUCAUCUACAAUCCUUCUAGCAAUGAUUUAUUUAGAUGAAAAAAGAUAAUAUAUUUUAAAGGUUUCUGAUUUAGGAGAUUUCUGGACUCUGCAUGCAGGCAAUCGAUUCAGUCUUUCACUACACAAACGCCACUACCGUUCAAUUCAUUACACGUGAAGCUAAGAGAAUCAAAUAUGAUCUUUGUAAAUACUUUAUAGGGCACUACAUACAGACCUGCUUGAAUCUUUAACUCGGUUUGACAAGAGCAGCUCGGAUCAUUGAGUAAACCCCUAGUUAACUGGAUGAAGUUGGUUAACUGAAGGGAGUUUUGCAUUAACGCUUUGCUAAUGGCGGUAGAUUGAGACAUAGAGCUUCACAUGCUGCGCAUGCUUAUGUUUAAUAUCCACGUCUGUAUUUAUUUGACACUGCGGCUGUAUAUAUGACCUGGUUUUGUUCACGCUCACCUGUGUAGAAUUUGCUCUCGAUAAACCAAACCUGAGUUUUCCA